UCGGUUCCAGUGCACUUCCGGGGUGCUCGCCGAGUGGUUGUUCGCCGAACUUAAACAUGGUGACCGCGGCGUCGGUUUCCGCGGCAGAACGUUGUUCUUGGAGCAACAGCAGCAGCAUCAGCAGCGAUGGUGACCAAGAAGAGCCCGCCGGUGGUCAAGUAAACCGGGUGCUGGCCAUGUACCACGAUGCCACCGUACUCAUCACUGGGGGGACCGGAUUUCUGGGAAAAGUUCUGCUCGAGAAAGCGCUGCGGUGUUUGAACGUGCGGAAGAUAUUCCUGUUGAUUCGCCGGAAGGAUAACCUGAGUGCGCGGGAACGGUUGGUGCGGCUGUUGCAGGACCCGGUCUUUGAGAAGGCACGCUCCUGCUAUCCCAGCAUGGAUGCGCUCUACGCCAAGGUGGAGGCCGUCCAAAUCGACCUGAACAACGGCACGACACUGUUCCCUCGGGACGACAUGGGUGACGACGACACCAGCCCCAUCGAGGAGCGCCUCCUGGCGGAAACCGAAAUUAUCUUCAACGUGCUGGCGUCCGUCAAAUUCAACGAAUCCAUCCGGAACGCGUUGGCCACCAACGUGGGCGGUACGGGGAAGGUGCUGCAGUUGGCCAAACGGAUGCCCCGGCUUCGGUCGGUGGUGCAUGUGUCAACGCUGUACUCGAACUGCCACCGGACGGACAUUGAGGAGCGCGUGUACGACGAUAUCCCGAUGGAUCAUGGGAUGAUCCUGCAGUUGACGAACGCGCUGAGCGAGCAGGAAAUGGACAGGUUUCAGCACUGCUUUCUCGGACCGAUGCCCAACACGUACACGUUCAGCAAGAAGUGCGCCGAAGUUAUGAUCCAGAAGGACUACUCGCAGCUGCCGAUUGGAAUCUUCCGGCCACCGAUAGUGAUAUCCACCUACCAGGAACCGAUGCCCGGUUGGACGGACAACCUAAACGGUCCCUCCGGCGUGUGCAUGUGGACGGUGAAGGGACUAAUCCACACCAUCUGGGGCGGCGCCGGCAAACGGGCCAACCUCGUUCCGGUGGACUACUGUGUCAACGGCAUCAUUGUGGCCGCAUACGACAUCUGGAGGAGAAGCCGGCGAAGGGUUGCGGGGGCGGCCAAAGCUGUCGAAGAAGAAAAUAGCCAGCUGCUGCCCACGUACAACUACAUGUAUCCGGCGUUCAGUCUGACCUGGGGCAAGUACAUGGACAUGGUCCAUCUGGGCUUCGAAAGUCGAUUACAUCAGAUAGUGUGGAACUACUCGUACAUCAUCACGUCGUACGGGCCACUUUUCCGGGCUCUGUCGUUUUGCUUUCACACCGUUCCUGCCUUUGUCCUUGAUGUGGUGCAGCGGAUUCGCCGAAAAAAGCCAAUCUAUCGAAAGGCCAUGCAGAAGACAGGUCGGUUCCUGGAGCUUAUGUCCUACUUUGGCACUCGUGAGUGGACCAUCGCCAACGAGAACGUUCGAAGACUGCGAGGGUUGCUGUCCGCGGACGAGAGCCGGCUGCUCGAAUUCGACAUGGGCACCAUCAACUGGGCGGAGUACUUCCGGACGUACAUCCCCGGCAUCCGGCGUUACUGGUUCCGGGAGGGGGCAGUUCGCGGGGAUCGAUGGAAACCAGCGGCGAACAGGAGGUUCCAUUUCAUGAAAAGGCUCGUCCAAAAGCUGGUGUGGAUCUGGGUCUGCCUGCGGAUGACCCGUGUCACGUCCAAGUUUGUGGCGGAAAAUUUGUUUGCACUUUUGAUUGCAUAACGCUGCUCCCUCCCCCUCACAGCUCCCGGCCGGAAAAGCCAACAAAUUGUGCAAAAUGAAAGAGGUGGUUGCACCACAGUGGUCGGAUAAGUGGGAUGGAAAAGUUGGAAAAGUUGGAAGUUUCGGUGUUUUGUGUGUGUGUGUGGAUAUCCACUGGAUAAAAACAGUUCGUUUAGUGUUUCAAUGUGGACAGUUUUGUGUCAAUAGUGAAGUUUUCAUGUUGAAUUUAGAGAAAUUGGAAUCCAUAUACAUAUUGACUGUCAACAACGGUAAACUAAAUAGUUUCCGUCAACUGUAUUGUGAUUUUGAAAGGUAUGGAGUUGAAUAAAAAAAAAAUGAUGUUCGAUGAAUUGUGUA